AUGAGAACUGACGUAAUUUCCGCCUGUUAGUUUCGGUAAAAUCAAAACAGUGCUGAAACGGAGCUCCAAAGCUAGUCUGUCACUAAACUGUACAAUGUGUAACAUUCAUGAUAGGCGGUUAGGACGCCCCUAGCAGCGAGGAGAGUAACAUUAAGUUACUUAAACAAGCAGCGUGUUCUUCACCAUGAAUUUAAGAGGACUCUUUCAGGACUUCAACCCCAGUAAGUUCCUGAUUUAUUCCUGUCUGCUGCUGUUCUCCGUGUUGCUCUCCUUGAGGCUGGAUGGGGUCAUCCAGUGGAGCUACUGGGCAGUUUUUACCCCAAUAUGGUUGUGGAAGCUGUUGGUGAUCAUCGGGGCUUCUGUGGGAACUGGAGUGUGGGCCCACAACCCUCAGUACAGGGCUGAAGGAGAGACAUGUGUGGAGUUCAAGGCCAUGCUGAUAGCCGUUGGGCUCCACGUCCUGCUGUUGAUGUUUGAAGUGUUGGUGUGCGACCGUGUGGCGAGAGGAAACUACUUCUGGCUUCUCGUCUUCAUGCCUCUCUUCUUUGUGUCGCCAGUCUCUGUAGCAGCGUGUAUCUGGGGCUUUAGACACGAUCGCUCCCUCGAGCUGGAGGUGUUGUGUUCUGUAAAUAUUCUGCAGUUCAUUUUCAUCGCUCUGAGGCUGGACAGAAUCAUCAACUGGCCUUGGCUGGUGGUUUGUGUCCCUCUGUGGAUCCUCAUGUCCUUCUUGUGCCUUGUUGUCCUUUACUACAUCAUCUGGUCGGUCCUCUUCCUCCGCUCCAUAGACAUCAUUGCCGAGCAACGGCGGACUCACAUCACCAUGGCAAUCAGCUGGAUGACCAUCGUUGUACCUCUUCUUACCUUCGAGAUCCUUCUGGUGCACAAGCUGGACGGCCACAACAGUCUCAGCUACAUGUGUGUGUUUGUCCCUCUGUGGCUCUCUCUGCUCACACUCAUGGCCACCACCUUUGGCCAGAAGGGGGGGAACCACUGGUGGUUUGGCAUCCGUAAGGACUUCUGCCACUUCCUGCUGGAGCUGCUCCCCUUCCUGAGAGAAUACGGGAACGUGUCCUACGACCUCCAACGCAGCGACGACCCCGAGUCACUGGAGGAUUUCCACGUCCCUGAGGCGCCACCAAAGAUCGCCCCCAUGGUCCACAAGAAGACAGGCGUGGUGAUCACACAGAGCCCUGGGAAGUACUUUGUCCCGCCACCUAAACUUUGCAUCGACAUGCCUGACUAACGGCGUGUCCCAGCUGGAGUGGCUGCAGAGGACACUGAGGACACAGCAGCACAUCCUGGAAGAGGAACUCCUCCACAUGGUGAUGGAUCCAGGAUUCUCCAGCUGUUUUAGGACUAAAAACUGAAACUAGUAAACUGACAGACUGUUUUUCCCACCUGCUGGUGAAGUUACACUGUGUUGUUUUACUCCCUGUUGUAUCCAUGCAGAAGAACAUUAUGGAGGAACGUCUCAGAUCCUCUCUGGUCUGCUCAUGUAGGUCUGUGAGACGCUGAGACUCAUCAGUGAUGGGGACCAUAAGACAGGCUUCUUGUUUCUGUUCUCACUCCUCAACCACAUGUGUAAAGACAAGGGGGCGGAGCUUAAGGAAGGCUUCUUUUUUCAGGUUUAUCGUAAAACAAAACUUCAUUUAAUUAAGGGCAGGAAAGAGUAAAGACAAAAAUAACUUCAGAAAACAAAACAAGUUGAUUUCAUUAAAUUUGUUUGAUCAAAUUAUUUCAAAAAUUGAAAAGUCAAAACUGCCCAGUGACAAGUUUUGUCUUUUCAGUAAACCUGACAAAAGAGAAUAAUUAAAAAGCACUUUGUUAACAUGUAAGCUAAGUACUGUAGGACUUUUGUAUUCCUUUUCCUUUUUGUAAAUACCACAGCUUGUUUGGGGACCAGAGGGUUUAAAUGAAACCAGUCCUACACUCCUGCUUUAUUCAAGCCUACGUAGCAUCUGUGCUGAUGGAAGAACUUUUACAAUAAAUCUGUUGCACAAA